AUGCCGAUUCUGUGGCUUAAGCUCCUACCCGGUAUCUACCCCAAGCACCGCCUGCGGGCCGAACUCUGUCCCACAAGCACGACUAGGGUCGGGGUGCGGGCGGGGCCGAGCACUGUCGAACCGGGCCGAGUCGGACCUGGCGCAGGGCGGAGCUUGAGGCUGAAGCCGGGAGGCGGCGCUACGGGGCCCGCUGCAUCCGCCGCGGGAGGACCCCCAGCUGGCGGACUGCCGAUCAGGAUGCGGGUGUCCCCCGCCCGGCCCCGCCCGGGCCGCGAGCAGCCUCGUGCUCCUGCCUCUGCCUCUGCUCCCGCCUCCGUGUGGGCCGCGCCCUGCCCCGCGCUGCGGGUGCAGGUGCUGGUGCUGUUGGUGAGCUGCGCCUCUGCUAGAGCCUGGAGCGAACCCCGGCGCGGACGCUUGCUGCCCUCGGUGCCCAGGACCUCGCUGACAGCCUCGGAGUCGGACCCUUUCCUCACCCGGUUCUCUGCCCCUUCGACCCAAAAUUACUCUGUCCUCCUUGUGGAUCCUGUUUCCAAUAGACUUUAUGUUGGUGCCCAAGAUGCCAUUUUUGCUCUGCCCCUACCUCUCACAGAGGGGAGAGCCCAAAAGAUUGACUGGCCAGUGCCUGAAGCCCACAGACAGAGCUGCAGAAAGAAGGGCAAGAAGGAGGCUGAUUGUCAUAAUUACAUUCGAAUUCUUGCCAUGGUUAAUGCUUCUCACCUUCUCACGUGCGGUACCUUUGCCUUCGACCCACAGUGCGGGAUCAUUGACGUAUCCAGUUUCCAUCAGGUUGAAAGGCUAGAAAGUGGCCGAGGGAAAUGCCCUUUUGAGCCAACCCAGCGGUCAGCUGCUGUAAUGACUGGGGGUGUCCUAUAUACUGCCAGCAUGAAUAAUUUUCUGGGGACAGAGCCAAUUAUCUCUCGGGCCACAGGCCCAGCUGAAGAGCGGAUCCGGACAGAGGUCUCACCAGCCUGGCUAAAUGAUCCAAAGUUUGUGGCAGCUAUAUCCCUGAGCCCAGCCGACUGGGGGGAGGAGGAUGGAGACACCGAAAUCUAUUUCUUCUUCACUGAGACGGCUCGAGACUCUGACGUGUUUCAGCCAGUAAAGGUCCCACGUGUGGCUCGUGUGUGCGCGGGAGACCUUGGGGGUCUGAAGACCCUCCAGCGGAGGUGGACGACAUUUCUGAAAGCUGAGCUGCUGUGUCCAGGGCCGACCCAUGGCCGAACCUCCAGCAUCCUGCAGGAUAUGACAGCCCUGCGACUGAAGCCUGGCAAAGGGGUUCCCCUCUUCUAUGGGGUCUUCUCCUCCCAGUGGGAUGGAGUUGCCAUUUCUGCCAUCUGUGCCUUCCAUCCCCAAAACAUUCGGGCUUCAAUGAGUGGCCCAUUUAGGGAAUUCAAGCACGACUGCAAUAGGGGAGUGCCUGUGAUGGACAGUGAUGUCCCCCACCCCAGGCCUGGAAUGUGCAUAACCAACCAAAUGAAGCUGCAAGGCUUUGGCUCAUCACUUUCUCUUCCUGACCGAGUUCUGACCUUCAUUCGGGACCACCCUCUUAUGGACCAGCCAGUUUCCCCUUAUGAUGGCCAAUCCCUGCUGAUGACCUCCAACACAGUCUAUCACCGGAUUGCAGCCCACAGAGUGACAAGCUUGUUGGGAGAAGAGUAUGAUGUACUCUAUCUGGGGACAGGAGAUGGACACCUGCACCGAGCAGUACGGAUUGGCUCUCAGCUCAGCAUCCUCGAGGACCUGACCUUAUUCCCGGAGCCUCAACCAGUUGAAACUCUCCAGCUGCAUGAUGGUUGGCUCCUGAUUGGCUCUGGCUCUGAGGUGACACAGGUAAACAUCACAAACUGUGGCCGUCUCCGGAGCUGCAGAGAGUGCAUCCUGGCCCGAGACCCAGCCUGUGCUUGGAGUUCCAGGCUCAAGGCUUGUGUUACCCACAUUGGGGCAGGCGAGGGGCUGCUCCAAGACAUUGAGUUGGGGAAUGCAUCCUCUCUUUGCCCCAAGGAACCUGGAGCACCUCCUCUCAUCCUGGAGGUUCCUGUGGUCCCCGCUGCCCACGUGGUCUUGCCGUGUUCCCCACGAUCAGCCUGGGCAACCUGUGUCUGGCACCGGCCAGGGGGUCUCGUCAAAGAUGCUGUGACUCCUCGGCUGGAUGGGCUGGAGGUGUCGGUGACACAGGGCUCCCUGGGCACUUAUGCCUGUGAAUGCCAGGAGGGGGGAACCACUCAGGUGGUGGCUACUUAUCACCUGUUUUGGGGGGAGCCCCAGGGCCGUGGCCGAAUUGUGGGAUCUGGGCUGGCUGGCUUUAUCUUAGGAGCAGUGGCUUCCACUCUGAUCUUGCUCCUGCUUGGCCGGCAGCGUCAGCGACACCGACAGCAGGAGCUCUUGGCGAGAAACAAGGUGGGGCUGGACUUGGGGGCCCCUCCGUCUGGGACCACGAGCUGCAGCCACGACCCCCCCUCCCCAUCACCCUCCCCAGAAGAUGAGCGGCUCCCACUGGCCUUGGCUGUGGGCAAAAGGGGCGGCAACCUCAAUGGCUUCCCGCCGUCCUUCUUACGGGACUCCCACUCGGGCCCAAACCAAGCCCACAUCCUGCUGACCACGGCACCGCUGGCCACGUGCGAUGAGACAUCCAUCUAGAGCUGAGUGACUACUUGGCGCAAGAGACUGUUGGGGCAGCUGCCCUCUUACAGCAGUAACCGCCAGGCCCCGAGUGACCCCCGGGGACGAAAUAAUCCCUAGUCACAGAGGCCUGCGGGGGUCAGUCCAGCAGGGAAGGAGCACUGAAUGGAGUUGGAAGACUUGGGUUUGAGCAUCAACUCUACUACGCCUUCCCUGGAUGAUCCAGGACAAGUAAUUUUCCCUUUGUAGGCUUUCCUCCUUUAUGAUAGUGGGGGAGGUGGACCAGCUGGUGGGUACUGUUUCUCCAGUCUGAUAUUCAGUGAGUCUGAUCCUGUGAUCCCCAGGGACCAGUGACUUUGAAAAGUCUGCAGGGGGCUCACGCUCACCUGACAGCAUCCAUCAAGAGAGCGGAUGAAUGUACUGAACCGACUCUGUCCUCCAACCCGAUCCCUCCUCGUGGGAUCUGUAGGUUUUUGUCUUUCCUAGGAAGGGGAUGGUGGACACAGGAGCUUUCUGUGACCUCAGUGGCCUGGACUUUGUGUGAGCUACAGAUCAGGGCCCUGAGGUCGGCCACCAGGAAGAAGGCGCUGUCUCUGAGAGGUGUGAGGAAGAUGCUGAAGGAGGGAGGUACUCAUUUACCGGCAGGGUGCUAUCUGCCUCCCGUGGAGGGGCCCCUGUGUGCAGAGACACGGGAGUCCUGAGGGUCUGGUCCCUGGUAUGCCCCCCAGACCACAUAUAUGUAUUUGAGAAUGCAUGGAAGAGCCUGGCUAUGUGUGUCUGCCUGGCAUAUGUGGGUGUACGUGUUCGUGUGCUUAAGGAGAUGUCUGCAUUAUCCGGGCUCUGCCCCCCCGCCUCUAUCGUGUUACCUCUGGGCUGAUCCCCCAGCCCACUGUGCUUGGGAAGCUAGUGGCUGGCAGCUGUUCUGGGGGUGGGUGGGCAACCUGUGUGUCCGCUUACUUUCAUGUUUUUAUAAACCUCUUGUGUGUAUGACUGUGGUGACCUGCUGACCCCUGGUAGGGAAGGGAAUGGGGUGGGAAUGGGGGUGGAUAUGAAUGAAGGGGAAACUGGGAGUGAGGGUGGGAUUAUGGGAACAAGGAGAAUAUGCAAACAUGGGAAGGGGAACAAAAGGACUGGGGAGCAAUGCUAGAAAUGGAGGUGAGCAUUUGGAUCUUGCUUUGAAUCCCAUUUCUGGGUGAGUCAAGGCUCUUUUGUGCUCCCGUUGCUUCAUCUGUAAAAUGAAAGUGUUGGAUUUGGUAAUCUCUAAGGUAACUUCCAGCUCGAUGACAUGAAGGAAAGAGAUAGUUGGAAUUAAUUGGAUAUCUAGGGGUGAAGGAAAAAUGAGAGAGAGAAGGGGGGAUGGGGACAGGGUGAGGGAGUAGAUAAAAUGGGGUGGGAAUAUAGAAAAAAUGGGAUAGGGUAAGCAGGAUAUGGGUAUGUUUGUCAGUCAUCAUGGUCUAAAGUGAAUUUGAAGUUUUAUAUUUUUUAUGGAAUAUUCAACUUUAUUAAAAUGGUCUGAGAAACCUG